AUGAAUUCGAAUUCUUGUGUCGAAGAGACAUAUUUUGAAACUGAACAUUUUUUGUGUGUUCAUUCUCAUGUUAUAUCCAUUGUUGCUUUUCCUAUUAACAUUCUUGGUAUUUGGUUGAUCUAUUACAAAACUCCUAUUAGAAUGAAAAAUAUGAAACCGGUCAUGUUGAAUUGUCAUAUUUGGGGACUUUUUGGAGAUUUCAUGCUUGGAACGCUGACGAUUCCCUAUGUAUUUUUUCCAAUUAUUGCUGGGUCUCCACUCGGAAUCCUGACAAAGAUCUUUGGAGUGAAUGCGUUUUUUCAAACUUAUGUAGCAGUUGCCUGUCUUGGAGAAGUAGGAUCUUCCAUUGUUUUUAUGUUUGAAAACCGGCAAAAUCAAACAAUAACUUCUUCGUUCAAAAUUACAUCUGAAAAUGGAAGAAAAGUGUUCUUGGGACUUAAUGUGAUAUUUCCAUGGGUGGCUUCAUCGAUAUCUCUUCUUAGAACUCCUAAUCAAGAUUCGGCUAAAUUGGAAAUGCUAAAAAUAAUUCCGUGUCCAACAUUAGAGUACUUUGAACUGCCUAUUAUUAUUGUAACAACGGAAGCAAAAACCAUUGGAGCCGUACUUUUUGCACUAUUAAUUUUUAUUUUUUCUCAAACUAUAUUUUUUAUUUUACAUUCUUCAUUUUAUUUAUGCAAAUCUACAACGUCUCUGGCUGUUUCCGAAAGAACCAAGAAACUGAAAAGAAAAUAUUUCUUAUCAGUUUGUAUUCAAGUAAUAAUUCCAAUUGUUAUUAUGGCGUUUCCAGUCAGUUAUUUUGUUUUAUCAAUUGUCACAGAUUAUUACAGUCAGAUGGCUAACAACUUUAGUUUUCUGAUUAUGAGUCUUCAUGGGUUCUUCUCAACAAUUGCAACAAUUACAAUUUAUGAAAACUAUCGAAAUUACAUUCUUCAUAUUUUAAGAAUCAAGCGGAACUUAAACGUAGUUAUGAUUCAGUCGAAGAGUAUGGCGGAAACAACUUAUAUUUAG